CCUUGCAAAGCAAUUGGAAAGCAUGCGCUUUAGCACCGAGCUGCUCCCGUCCUUCGCCGCAGGCCGUUCGCGACCUCUCCUCGCCUCAAUUUCCCACGCAUUCCGGGCAAAGGAAGGGCAAGAGGCUUGGCUUGGGGCUUCACGCCUCCAGUGCACAUGUGCACGGCUCGGGGCACAUGCGCCCUGCGCAGAGCCGGAGCCCGUCUUGGCACAUGCAUGCUCGCCCAAGGAGGAUCCCCUCCCCUCCUCUGCCCUCCCCUCCCUCGUAGCCCGCGCGCUCCUCUCCCGCGCCUAGUUCUUUAAAGCAGCGCAGCAGGAGCAGGAGGCGCCGCCCGGAAGGCAGCGGAGCCGAGGCAGGCAGCUGCAAGAGCCGCGGAAGGGGAGAGGGAGCCGGCGCCGGCGCCUGCUUUGCCACGGGGUCCGGGCCGGUGGGGUUAAGAGCCGCGGGAGAGGAGCGCGCCGGCCCCUCCGUCCUGCGCUUCUGCAGCCCGGGGCUCGAGGACGUGCCAAGCGGGGCUCUUGCAAGCUGCCUGCUCUCGCCUUUCCCUGGCAGCCUUUUGCAGCUCCCCGGCUCGGAGAGAGACCAUGCCGAAAAAGAAGCCUAUGCCGAUCCAGCUGAACCCGGCGCCCGACGGCUCCGCCAUCAAUGGGACCACCUCGGCCGAGACAAAUUUGGAAGCCCUGCAGAAAAAAUUGGAAGAGUUAGAACUUGACGAGCAGCAGCGGAAACGCCUCGAGGCCUUCCUCACCCAGAAACAAAAAGUUGGUGAGCUGAAGGAUGACGACUUUGAGAAAAUCAGUGAGCUAGGUGCAGGAAAUGGUGGCGUGGUCUUCAAAGUCUCGCACAAGCCCUCUGGUCUCAUUAUGGCGAGGAAGUUAAUUCACCUGGAGAUCAAGCCUGCAAUUCGGAACCAGAUCAUCCGUGAGCUACAAGUCUUGCAUGAAUGUAAUUCUCCCUAUAUAGUGGGCUUUUAUGGAGCAUUUUACAGUGAUGGUGAGAUCAGCAUUUGCAUGGAGCACAUGGAUGGUGGCUCCUUGGAUCAAGUCCUGAAAAAGGCUGGCAAAAUCCCUGAACAGAUUCUAGGCAAAGUUAGCAUUGCUGUCAUAAAAGGCCUGACGUACCUGAGAGAGAAGCAUAAGAUAAUGCACAGAGAUGUUAAACCAUCCAACAUUUUGGUAAACUCUAGAGGGGAGAUCAAGCUUUGUGAUUUUGGUGUCAGUGGACAACUGAUAGAUUCAAUGGCUAACUCCUUUGUGGGCACAAGGUCCUACAUGUCCCCAGAAAGACUUCAAGGGACUCACUAUUCGGUGCAGUCGGACAUCUGGAGCAUGGGGCUGUCCCUAGUCGAGAUGGCCAUUGGCAGGUAUCCAAUUCCGCCACCGGAUUCGAAGGAGUUGGAGCUCAUGUUUGGCUGCCCCGUCGGGGGCGACUCGCCCAUCUCUGAGACCUCCCCCAGGCAAAGAACUCCAGGCCGGCCAAUGAGUGCUUACGGUUCGGACAGCAGAGCCCCAAUGGCCAUAUUUGAACUCUUAGACUAUAUUGUCAAUGAGCCACCUCCAAAGCUGCACAGCGGAGUCUUCAGUCCAGAAUUCCAGGACUUUGUGAACAAAUGCUUGGUCAAGAAUCCGGCGGAGAGGGCAGAUCUCAAGCAGCUUAUGGUCCACACAUUCAUUAAGAGAUCAGAAGCAGAGGAAGUGGAUUUUGCAGGGUGGCUGUGUUCAACCAUAGGCCUUAACCAGCCUAGCACCCCGACCCACGUGGGAGGAGUCUGAAUAUUGAACUACCAGAGCAAAGGAUAUGCCAAGCACUCCUGAUCCUCCUCCUCCUCCUGUGCCAUCUUCAUUCCAAGUGGAACUUGACCAGGAGUCGUCGUAACACCACCCCCGCAAGACCCACUGAAACAAACUGGAAUGGCGCCUGGUGGAAGCCACCUCCUGUUCCAUCUGUUUAAAGCAAUGCUGUUUUGGUCCCGUUUCUCAAAGCUUCUGUCUAUUGAAAAUGUGCAUUUUUCCCCACCGCCACCACCACCUCCCCUUUAAGCAAAAAAGAUCUCCCUACUUCUAGCAUGCGCCAAUUUCUUUUUUCCCAUGUCUCUUCUUUUCCUCUUUGGGGUUCUAAAUUAACAGCUGUUGUGUUUGAUUACUUAUUUGUUAACUGACCAAACGUGAUGCUUUUCAAGUGAUAGCGAUUUGGCAAAUUUGGACUGGAUGUUGGAUCUCCUUUUGCAAGUGGGAAAUGCUGCUGGAGCUGCUUCCUUCUCACCUCUGCUAGGUUGUUUUUGACCGUGAGCCUUUUUGUAACUUUGGUGGUACCUUUUUCCAAGUCUUGCUUAGCCAGUGUUGCAGGCAGAACAGUUACAGACGCCCUGAAUCAAGCCUCUCCAAAGCAUGUAUUUGCUGCUGCUGAUCUGAGAUUGGAGUUACGAAUAAUGGUUCUGAUCUUUCUGUUUGUAUAACAGACUCUUGGUAAAUGUGUGCAGGGCCCUGAGCCAUAAACUGCCACACACACCCCAUUCCUCGCUGCCGCCCAGGUCAACAUACAGAAAUCUGUUGACACCUUCUAUUUAUUUUUAAGAGUCUUGUUGGAUAUGUCUGGGAUCGCUUAGUGAGGUACACCUGCCCCUUCCAGUUAAUUUGGUAUUUGUAUUUUGAGAACAGGUGAAAAGAGAACUAUCCCUCAGACAGAAUCAACGGCUUUUUAAUUAAAAAAAAAAAAUACAUCAGAACUGUUUUCCCUUCUAGGUCAACUGAUGUUUGAUAUGACAAAUUGUGCAUACUUGGUGUCUGAAAAUUCUUUUAAUUGUUUUAUUCUUUCAGAUGUUUCAUCUUACACUAAUAAAUAUGUCAUGAAGUUA